AUGCCAUCUGAUGAUCGUGAAAAACAACAGAUACAGCAACAACUACAAACCUUAGAUGAUAAUAUUCUAAUAACAUCCACUUUUUUCCCAAGGCAACCAUCAUCAUCAGAGAAUUUACCUGAAGAAGACGUUCCAGUUGCUUAUUCUUCUGGUCAGUCAUGCCAAACAACUGAAGUUAAUGAACCUAUAUCAACGAAUCAAUCUCGAGAUGCUUUUACAGCUACUUAUUUACUUCGAAGACUUAAUUGUCUGGAACGUGAAUCAGGAACAAAUACAAAGGGUUCAUCAACAGCUUAUCCAAUGUUAGCAUCAUCUUCACGUGUUGAGGAUGAUACAACUGAUCAAUUAGCAACUGAUAAUGACACUGAUUUUGAUAUGAGUCGAACAAACAUACUAAAUCCAAAUGAAGAUGGACGACAAUCAGCAAAUGCAUCUGUUACGAAUCGAGCUUCUGCUCAUUUAAAUGAACGAUCACUUGGUACAUCUCGAUCAUCAGCUCGACCAAAAACAACAACAACAAAUGCUCUACAAAGUCGAACUGUUCUUGAUAUGCGAUCUAUUCAACCGCCCACGCAAACACAAAAUCUAAAACGUAUUGCUGAACAACAACAACAUCAAAGACAACGAGUAAUGAUGGUAUUUGGUAAACAGACUCCUGUUGAAAUGAUUGAGAAACAAAAUUCAACAUCAUCACGCACAGUUCAUUUAUCAAUAAAUGAACGAAGGCCAGAUGAUGCAUCGUUAUAUUAUGAUAGUUCAUCAUCAAUUGUUUCAAGACUUCAUCCUAUUCAACAAGAUAAUAUAUCAAUGAAUUUAAUUUCUCGUAUGGAUUCAGCAUCAAUAAAUAGAUCGCAGACAACCAGAGCAUCAAGUGUGAGAAAAUCUUCUAAGUAA